AUGGCUCGUGACGGCCGAGUCUUCGAGAAGGACCCAGAGACGGGUUCGUCAGAUGUCUUGACAAGGCCGCGACCGAGCGGAUUAUCAGGAUACCUAAGCCAAGACAUUCGCCUCCAGCAUGCCGACAUGAUUCUCCUGGUAUGCAGCUUCAUAUCCGGGCUGUGUGAUAGCGGUGCCUUUAACGCUUGGAGUUGUUUUGUGAGCAUGCAGACCGGGAACACAAUUUUUCUCGGCCUCGGGGCAUCGGGACUGCCAGUCACCAAGCCGUAUGGCUGGCUUCGCUCCAUGAUUGCCAUAAUCUCAUUUCUGUUUGGCUGCUUCUCAUUUUCCUUGACGCGAAACUUCAAGCCCCGGAGUCGGGGCAUGCUUUCCGUGUCCUUCGCGGUGCAAGCGAUACUCCUGACAGUAGCCGCUGUUCUUGUGCAAACAAAGGUAGUGCCAGACACAACAGAUGGGUCCGAGUCAAUGAAGGUGUUGAUUCCUCUCGUCUUCCUCGGUUUUCAAGCUGGAGGACAGGUCUGGGCAAGCGAAGUCCUGGGCUUCAAAGAAAUUCCAACAACCGUUCUGACCAGUGUCUACUUUGGGCUUGCAUCAGAUGUUCGGUUCAUGCAGGGAAUCAAAACGAAUCCCUCGAGGAAUCGACGAUUGGGGGCUGUGUGCGCGCUUUUGCUGGGUGCUAUCUCAGGCGGGUGGCUCUCUCGAAGCCGGGCAGGGAUACCGGCAGUCUUUUUCGUUGCUGCUGGGUUGAAGUAUGUUAUCAGUGCGAUGUGGUUGAUCUGGGUGGCCAGCUCUGCGUAA